AUGUAUAUAAAAAUCUAUAAGUAGGCUGACAAGACCACCUUAAUUAAGAGAGUCUAGACAUACCAAAAAUAAUUAUAAAGAACCAUCUACUAUAGUCUUAAAGUUGGGGAGUCAACCUAAUGUGGGAAGUAAUUAAUUAAGUAAAACUCACAGAAUUACCAUCUAAAGUCAUAUAAUAUAAUCCUACUACUGAAGUAACAAGAAUAAAAAACAAAUCGAUUAGUUAACACACAAAUGGAAAUGGGAUCCAUUAAUAAGUCAAUUACUACAAAUAACCAAAUAAACGAGUGAUCUAUGACUCAACAAAUUGUUUAAAUCCUUAAAUUAAUCGAUCCUCAAGUAAUAGAAUUAAGAAAAUUCAUUCAGUUACUUCUCAUAAUUGUAAUAGUUUUAUCUAAAUUAAUAAGAUGAAUGUUUUUUAUAAAAUCUUGAAGACCAUAGUCGAAACAAUAUCGUUUAGAAUGAAAUUACAACUAGCAAUGAAAUUAAUGAAGGAAAGAGAUUAUUUACAGAAAAUAAGUUAGAAGAAGCUUUGAAAGUAUUCUAAAAUUAUCUAAACAAAUAUGGUUUAAAUCCAGAGGCUUUAUAUAUAUCAGGAUUAUGUUAUAUGUCUUUGGAUUAAGAAGAAAAAUAUAUUGAAUAAUUUUAGACUCUCAUCAAGAUUUUUCCAACAUUUAAAAGAACUGUUUAUAUGUAUUUAGCCUUAGCUUUUAGAAAAAACAACAAUAUUAAUGAUGCAAUUAAUGUGAUUACAUUAGGAAUUAAUUAGUUUAAUAGAUAUUUUGAAGCAUUGAUAUUUAGAGCUAAAUUAUUUUUAAAGUAAAAGAAUUAUGAUAAAGCUAUUAAAGAUUAUAAUUCAGCAAUGCAAAUAAACUCAAGAAAACCUAUUUGUUAUGUUGGUUUAAGUGAUUGUUUUAAGUAGACCAACAAAAUUUAUUAAGCUAUUGAAGAGUUAAAUAAAGCUAUUGAAUUGGAAGAGUCUUCAAAAUAAAAAUAUAUUUUGUUGAAACGAUUUUCGAUUUAUUUAGAUAUCAAAGAUUUUGAAAAAGCAAAACAAGACAUUAAUCUUUUACUGGAAAUAUGUUAAAAUGAUUCUGAAGUUUAUUAUUUCAAGGGAAUUUUGAUGCAAAAAUAGAGUAACAAAUAUACUUAAUAAUAGAACAACUUCAAGAUGCACUUUUGUCAUUUGAAUAAUCAAUAAAAUUAAAUAGUGAAAAAAAGCCAGUAACAAAAUCUCUUUAUGAAAUUGUGAAAAUAAAGAUUGAAUAAAAUGAUUAUUAUUCUGCGUAGCAUGAACUUGAUAGAGCAUCUUAUCUCGAUGUUGAUAAAACAUAACUAUAAAGGUUUGAACUCUUUGUUGGAGGAGCUAUUUAUUUAAUGAAAAGAAAAUUUGAAGAUGGGACUCAUUUGUUAACAGAAAUGAUCACAAAGAAUCAUUAAAGUGAUAAUCUCAAAUUUUAAGCACAUUAAUAUAGAGCAUAUGGAUAUUUUUGUUUAUCAAAGUAUAAUUUAGCAAACCAAGACUUAGAAUUAUAUUAAGAAACUCUUUUGGAGAAGGUAUAUUUAAUAAUACAAAAUAUAGGCAUCUCUUUAUAAUAAACUAAUCUGUCAUGGUAUAAUUAAAUAUGAGGAUAAUGAAUUAGAUUAAAGUAAAAGAGAGUUUUUGUAAGCUCAUAAAAUACUACCAAAUAAAAUAGAACCAUUAUUUUAUUAAGCAAUUAUUUUAAUUAAAAGAUAUUGUUCAAGUCUUGAAAAAAUGAGUGAAGAAAAUAGAAUAAAGUAUUUAAAAGAAGCCUUAGAUUUACUUGAAAUGGCUGCAAAAAUUUGUGAAUAAUCUAAUUUGCUUUUCUACAAAGGAAUAUUACACUUUGCCCUUGGAAAUUUAGAUUAAUCUGCAUUAGACUUUGAAUAAGCUAUUGAAAAAUCUGAAGAUAAUUAAGCAUAACACUAUUAUGUUAGAGGUUUGCUUUAAUGUUAACGAUAAUUAUUUAAAUAGGCAGUGAAUGAUUUUUCUAUUUGUUUAAGUUUGGAUUAAAAUCAUCCAGAAUCAUAUCUUAAUAGAUAUAAAUUAUUAACAAUGAUUGGAGAUGUAGAAACAGCUUAUUUAGAUUUAAAAAAAUAUGUUGAUUUAAAAGAAUAAUAUACAAUAAAUUAUCACACUGUAGGAAUUCUUUAUUUUUUAAUUGGAGCUUAUGAAGAAGCAAUCUAAGCAUUUAAUAAUUGUAAAACUUUAUAAGGAUAAUAUGAGAAAGUUAAAGUUUUAAUUUAUGGAAAAGAGUUAAAUUUAGCACUUAAUGAACUUACUAUUAUCAUAGAAGAAAUGUAAAAUUAAGAGGCCAUUAUUGAUAAACAAGUACUAACUAUACUUAAGGAAACUAGUUUAUAAAUAUCAACUAAAAUUUUAGAAGAUAGUAUAAAUGCCAUUAUUAAAAUUUAGAAAAGCUAAUAAGAAGGUUUGAUAUUUAGAUAAUCAGAUAUCUAUUUUUAUAAAGGUUUAUUUUAUACUUAUUUGUAAUAAUAUUCAAAAGCUAAAUAAUGUCUUCGCUAUUCAUAUGAUCUAAAAGAAAAAGAAACUAAAAAAUCAAGGAAUACUUCAUUAAUUAAUUCAAAUUCUCUUGAAGAUUUUGAUUUUAACAAUAAGACAUACAAUAUCUAUGAACAUCUUUAUAAUUGUGCAAUUUUAGAUGUUAUUAUAGGUAAUCUUGAAGAAGCCUUUGAAACAUUAGCUUUGCUCUAUGAACAUCUAACUUAAAUUGAAUUUCGAGUUCAAUUAUAAAUCUUUAUGGAAUUAUUAAGGGAUGAUUUAUAAGAUACACCUCCAGAAGAAGAAUUUUAGAAAAUAUAAGAAUUUUAAUUAUUCCCAUAAUAAAAUAGACUUUGUUCAAUUUAUCCAUCAAUCUAAUUACCUUUAAAAAAAUAUUCUGUCUAAAUAAAGAUGUCUUUUUGUUUGCCAAUGGUUGAAUUUCUUUCUUAACCUAUUUUAUUUGAUGAGUAGCUUCUAUAAAAAAUAUCUGUAAAUAAAAUCUUUAUUUUUAAAGCCUAAGGUUGUAGAGAAUAAACCAGAAGCUCCUUGGAUUAAAAGAUCAAGUGAUGGAGUGAUAUUUACUGACAAUAUUUAAUUUAUUGAUGAUUUAGAUCUUUAAUCCACUGUUAGAAAAGAAGAGACAGAAGAAACAUAACAAGAAGUUGACAAUCUUUAAGAUGAAAACGAAAUAUCAAAAUUAAAGGAAAAACUUAAAUUAGAUGACUUUAUUACUAAAAAAUUGAAUUCGAUAUUACAAUAAAUUGAAGAAUGA